AUGGCAUCUCUCACCGGCCAGCCCUUCCCCGAGGACGUUAGCUUCCUCUACAUCCCCUACUCGCCCGACAAGGCCGGCCUCAACAGCUGCGGCCUGCCCAUCAAGUACGAGGCCAGCAAAGAGUUCAAGGAGAAGAAGGUCGUCCUCGUCGCCGUCCCCGGUGCCUUCACCCCCACAUGCGCCGAGAAGCACAUCCCUACCUUCAUCGAGCAGAAGGAUGCCCUCAAGGCCAAGGGCAUCGACCAGAUCGUCGUGAUCGCCUACAACGACCCCUUCGUGAUGAGCGCCUGGGGCAAGUCGAACGAGGUCAAGGACGACUUCAUCCGGGACAGCACCGGCUCACAUGCGAUCCCUUACUCGCAGGUGUUCGCGACCGACGCAGAGACCAAGUUCUCCCAGCAGCUCGGCUGGACAAUGGGUGAGAGAACCGGCCGCUACGCGCUCGUGAUUGACCACGGCAAGGUCAUCUACGCUGAGCAAGCCGCCAAGGGUGGUGUCGAGGGAACGGAUGCUGCGUCCAUCCUGGCCAAGCUGUAA